AUGGGGAACCCAGAGAAAAGGAGAGAGGAGGUAUCCUCAGAGGUGGAAGGGGGGGCUCCCCCAUUCAGCUACUUCCUGCUCAAUCCCUCCCUUGAGCCCUAUGAUGGUGAGCGUGAGGAUUCAGGCCCUACCCCUAGAGAUGAGGAAAAUGGGCCCACGUUCACCUCCGGGAGACUGCUGAGCCACAGAGGUGCUAGAUUGGGCGAGGGCGUGUUCGCGCAGCUGGUGGCCCGAGAUGUGCUGCUGGAGGGAGGGCUCCUGCACUGGUACAGUGACCCUGGCUUCAGAGGCGUGUUCCUGGCCCCCGGCCUGAGUUACGACGAGCACACGCAGGAGCUGGUGGUGUCUGAGGCUGGCAUCUACUAUGUCUUCUUGCACGUGAAACUGCAACGUGUGGUGGCCAGAGCUGGCUCUGGCUCGGUCUCCAUUGCCCUGCACCUGCAGCCACUGGGCACAGGCACUGCAGCUCUGGCCCUGACCUUGGAUCUGCCGUCUCCAACCUCUGAAACCCCGGACUCAGCAUCUGGUUUCCGGGGUGGCCUGCUGCACCUGGGUGCUGGCCAGCGCCUAGGUGUCUACCUCAGUGCUGCGGACGGGGUGCACCCUGCCUGGCAGCUUGCACAAGGUGCCACAGUCUUGGGACUCUACCAAGUGGCCACCAAGGUCCCCGCUGGAUUCCCCUCUGGACAGCCUUCAUGA